AGCGUGCAUGUGUCUUUUCCGUUUAGAAAAUCAAGAUGGCACGUGGACCAAAGAAGCACUUGAAACGUCUUAACGCGCCUAAAGCAUGGAUGUUAGACAAACUUGGAGGUGUAUAUGCUCCACGUCCAUCUACGGGACCUCAUAAAUUAAGAGAAUCUCUUCCUCUUGUUAUUUUUCUUCGCAAUAGAUUGAAAUAUGCAUUAACUAAUUCUGAAGUAACAAAAAUUGUAAUGCAACGUUUGAUUAAAGUUGAUGGUAAGGUUAGAACUGAUGCGAAUUAUCCAGCAGGUUUUAUGGAUGUCAUUACAAUUAAUAAGACUGGUGAAUAUUUCCGAUUGAUUUAUGAUGUUAAAGGCAGAUUUACCACUCAUAGAAUUACUGCAGAAGAAGCAAAGUAUAAAUUAUGUAAAGUUAAACGUGUUCAAACUGGUCCAAAAGGAAUUCCAUUUUUGGUAACACAUGAUGGAAGAACUAUUCGUUAUCCAGAUCCUGUAAUUAAAGUUAAUGAUACCAUCCAUUUAGAUAUAGCAACAGGAAAAAUUUUAGAUUCUAUUCGAUUUGAUUCAGGUAAUCUUUGUAUGAUUACUGGUGGAAGAAAUUUAGGACGUGUAGGUACAGUAGUUAGUCGUGAACGUCAUCCUGGAUCUUUUGAUAUUUGUCAUAUUAAAGAUUCACAAGGGCAUACUUUUGCUACAAGAUUGAACAACGUAUUUAUCAUCGGCAAAGGUACAAAGCCAUACAUUAGCUUACCAAGAGACAAAGGUGUUAAACUUUCAAUUGCCGAAGAGCGCGACAAGAGGUUAGCAGCAAAGGGAGUGAAUUAAUGUACAUUUGCAAAAAAAACGUUCAAUAAACCGAGAAUUUCUUGGUGAAUAUAAA